AUGACAAAGGAGGAUAGAGCUCAAGCAUCACUGCAGAUUAUGCUCGUAACAGACAGUUUGGGCCAGUGCUCAACAUCAGAACACUAUUUACCUUGUCCUGAGGGGAAGGAAGAAAAAAUAGGAGACAGAAACAGUCUGCCGGGUCACGUGAGCGGCGCGCGGACAACUCUCGCGCCGCCGCCUCAGAACGUCGCGUCACUUCCCUCCCUUCCGACGCCGCCGUCCCGCCGUUGCCUGGCAACCGCCGCACGCGCGCUAAAGCCCCGAGUCGCGUCGUCGUCGUCGUCGUCGUCGCGCGUCGGCGGCGGGUCGCCUCCCGCCAUGAAGGCCGCCGCCGCCCGCCAGGCCGCGCUCGCCAGGAAGCGCCGAGAGCAGGAACGCCAAGCCACGCCAAACGAAGAUGAUCUUGUGGAGGGAAUAUUUCUUCCGGUGGGAGUAGAUCUCCGCCAAAUAACUAUACUCCCCAAAAAAGAAUGGGAGAGGAUUCACGAUAGCCUCACUGCCCCAGCAAGAGAAGCAGCCCGGCUUCGCGCUGAAAGGAAGGAGCGGAAAGAUCUGCACUUAAAGUCUCAAGCACUUGUGAAAAACUGGCAUAACACUAUUGCGGGUAUGGCACAUGCGAAAGUUGUAGCCAAGAAAGAGCGUCUGGAGAGGGAAGAGGAAGAAAAAAGAAAGGUUGACCUGGAAGAAGCAAAGUAUGAAGCACAGAAGCGAAAAGAGGCAGUGGAAGAAUCCAAACUCUAUCAGUACUAUCAGAAUGAGAGAGUGAAAGACUUCCAUAGAGCCCUCUUACUUACCGAAUGCUUAAAAGAAAGAGAUGCUCAGAUUGAAUUUAAAAAGGUAAAAGAAAACCUGUACCGCUGCAGAGAUGCAGAAGUAGAAUGUGAACGUCAAAAAGCCAUACUAAAAGAGGAGGAAAAGAUUAGAGAGAACCGUAGGAAGAGAGUGCAACUCAGCAAGGAUCAACUGGAACAGAUAAAAGAGCAUGAACGUCUAGCAGAACUGAGCAGGCUGGAAGACAAAAGGGAAAGGGCAGAGAUUCAGGAGCAGGUCCGGCUAAAUCAACAGGAAGUGCUGCAGAAAGAGCAGGAGGAGCGUGAAGACAAAAUCAGGCGUAGACGGGCGCAUCAGGCACAUGUUGCUGACCAGGUGACUCUCAAGGCUAUCGAGAAGCAAAAAGAAGAGGAAGAAGAUGAUAAAGUCCGAGCACAUUAUAAAGCAAAGCAAGCUAUGGCUAAGCUGACAAAAGCAAAAGAAGAUGAAAUGCACAGGUUAAUGGAGGAGCACAGAGACAACAUUACUAGCCGCCUCCUGGCUCAUAUGAAAAAGGAGGCUGAUGAUGAAGAUGAGCGUAUCGCUAGGGACAUUGCAGAGACGGACGCGCAGCUGGCGAGAGAACGCAAAGAAAAAGAAGAAAAGAACAAUGCUGAACUGAAAUCCAUCAAAGAGCACAGAAUGAAUGUGAUUAAAAGGAAAGAAGAGAAAGAAAAACAGGACAGAUUAGAGGCUCAAGAAAUGCUUCGUGGACAAAUAGAAGCAGAUCGGAUUUACCAAGAACUGGAGAAAGACAAGAAACAUAGAAAUCAUUGUGCAAACUUAAAAUUGCAAGAGACCCAUGUCAUGCAAAUAGUUGAAAAAAGGUUAAGAGAAGAUCGUGAGAAACAAGCAGAGACGGACUAUGUCAGACAAAAAGAACGCAUUUUAUUAUACAAGGAGCAGGAAUUCCAGAAGUAUGCAAAGAAAAUCAUUGAUGAGCAAUCCAAGACUACUCGGAAUCUUUACCCUCUUUUGAAAGCACUCAAUGAAGGUGACUCAGGUAUAAACAGACCAGUUUAUAGAGAAAAUGAACAGCCAUGUGAGAAGCAGCCUACUAAGCUGCCGUUUAUAGGUGACACAGCUCAAGAAAUGAAAUGGUUAAAUGAAUAUGAAUAUGGGCACACUAAGGGUCGGCUAGGAUUUUCAUGGUGAGGAAAACCCUUCCGAAUGCUACAGUGAAAGUCUAAUGCAUUUUUAAAUAACCCCAAAUUGUAGUGGAAAAUUAGCAAGUUGAAGAUGCCUUAAUAAAGGUUGCAACCAUCCAAAUAUAUUUAGGUAUAACUUUGAAAA